AUGUCAAUCUAUCUUUCUAUUUAUGUCUAUCUAUCUAUCUAUCUAUAUCGGCCUGCUUCAGAUCUAUCUAUCUAUCUAUCUAUCUCGGCCUGUUCAGAUCGAAAUAUCUAUCUCGGCCUGUUCAAAUCUAUCUAUCUAUCUAUCUAUCUAUCUAUCUAUCUAUCUAUCUAUCUAUCUAUGUCUGUCCAGAUCUAUCUAUCUAUCUCAAUGUGUUUCUUUCUUUCUUUCUUUCUUUCUUUCUUUCUUUCUUUCUUUUCUUUCUUUCUUUCUCAGUCUGUUUCUAUCUAUCUCAGCCUAAGCAUUCGUGACGUCACCUUACGAACGCCUUUUUUUCCCAUUGAUUUGAUUGUCUGUUCCUUUCCGCUUCUCCGUCACAGAUUUCCUUUCCCCCUCACCUUCGUUCUCCCCGGCAUGAUCCUCCCCAACCACGUGACCCGCCCUCUUCUUUUCACCUUUUCUGAGUUGAUUGCUAUUUACCUGCCUCGUCUUAAUGCCGUUACACUUCUCUGA